AUGGAGGUUGUCCAGACACUGGUUCGCGCCGUCAUGCGCGCCUUCUACACGACCCAAGAGAUACUCGUGGUCGAUGCCUUGGUCACCCACUCGGCCUUGCGCGACGACGAGCUCGCCUACCUCAUGAAGAUGAACCUCAAAGACCUCCACCGCCUGUGCGCUGGCCUGCGCGACGCCCGCUUCCUGGUCGUCCAUACACGGCCCGAGAUACAAGAGGGCAAGUCGCGCCCCAUCAACCGGACCUACUACUAUAUCGACUACCGCCAGACUAUCGAUGCCAUCAAGUGGCGCGUCUACAAGACCGACAAGGAUAUGCAAGGCAGCGUCCAGCCCGCCGACGAGUCCAAGGAGUACUCGUGCCCGCGCUGCCGCGCCCAGUGGACCCAGCUCGAGGUGCUCGAUAAGGUCUCGUCCGCCGGCUUCCUCUGCCAGCGCUGCGGCACCGUGCUGGAGCUCUUCAGGGAGCACGACACGGCGGGGCACCAGCAGCUCUCGCGCAUGAACAACCAGUUCCGCUUCAUGACCGACAUGCUGCAGCAAAUCGACCGCAUCAUGGUGCCUGAGUGCACCUUCGACAAGGCCAUCCAGGAUGCCCGCCCCAUCGUGCGCGAGCCCACCCAUGAGGCCCUCGCCAGCGUGCCUAUUGAACCCGGCAGCCUGUUUGGCAUGAAGCCCUCGGCCGUCAAGGGUCUCGCCAACGUCGGCCCCAAAACUAUGCAGGUCACCAUCUCGGACGACAUGGAGCAGGAGAGGAUGGAGCAGCGCAAGCGAAAGGAGCGCCUCGCCAAAGAAAACGAGCUGCCGUCGUGGAUCACCGAGACCACCGUCCCCAGUUCAAAAUCCGAGCUGCUCGCUAUGAUGAAAACCCAAGAACCACUGGACCGCCCCUUGGACGACGACGUCGAGGAGGACGACAUGCUGCCGGCCAAACGCGUCAAGCUGGACACCGCAGCCGAGACGGCGGACGAAAAGGGCGCCGCCAUGAGCUUCAAGAUGGAGGAUGAGGAGGACGACGAACAGUUCGAGUUUGAGGACGUCGUCUGA